GUACACUACUUGGUAAUUAUAUCAUGUGUCAAUACAUCUCCAUCCAUCUCUUUACACCUCCAUCCAUCUUCUCUUCUACUUUCUUCUGGUGUCAACACAAUCGACCUAAGGUCUCCGAGUGAAGCGUAUAGUCGCGUUUCAUCCAACCUAACCUGACCAACCACAGUGAAAGAAUUUAAUACACAUCUUGAAGCGUAGUUUACGUGAAAAAUGAUCUUAGGAACACGAAUAUGAAGUUCGUUUUUCGGUUUCGGGCAAGGGGGCUCCCAAACGGGCCUUUGCCCCCACCGAAGUGAAAUGGUACCAAAUACACGGUAUAUGGUAGUCAAAUUAAAGAAACGUUUGCCUAGAAAUAAAUUCCUAGGCCAUUUCAAGAUAGUAUGCAAAACAUAGAUUUUUUGGUAUUUUUCCCGUAAACUGUACUUUUGCCAUAUAUCUUUAAACUUGAUUAUGAUUUACUAACUAUUCGGUGCAGCAAACCGGGAUUUUACAAACUUUGAAAAUAGAAUGUUAUUCAAAACCCAGAUAGUGUAAAGGAACAUUAAAAGCUAAGCACCGUUGUCACACAGUGCUUUUAUUUGGCUCGAUAUUUGUUGAGGUCGUACUGUAAGUGUUUGGCUACGUUAGUACCAAAUGUAGCAUCUCUACUUUGUGCAGCUGAUGUGAAAAGCGAAACGUGGUCAAAAUAAACAGUGACAAAAACAUAUCCCGAAAGUAAACACAAAACAAAGGCUCCCACAAGCAUCUUUGGCUCACCCUCUUUGGCUCCCACAAGUUACUAGUAAAGAGGUAAACACAUUCAAAAAGGGGGGAAUUCAUACAUGAUUGUGAAAUUCGGCGAAUAAUUCGAAAGAGAACCGAUAAGAAUUGCAUGUCAUCCAUUUGCUGGCUCUUGGUACUGCAUAAGGAAAAGUCGUGAAUGGACUAUUGAUUGGGUCGGCUACAGCCAGAGUUCUUCUAUUUAUAAUUAUUAUUUAAUAAUUUUUGUUACCGCUUUUAUCAGAGAUGUCUCAAAUAGAUAAUAUAAUUAUUCAAGUAAGGGCACGCCUGCAAGCUUUGGCUAUUAAGUUAUGGCUGGAGCCCUAUUAUUACGAUGGAGUUGGAUGUGUGGAGGAUGAAAUUGAGAAAUUAGCCGAGAGCUUUAGCAGCAACUUAGGAAUUUCCAAAUCCAAUUGCAAAUUAGCAUUGACGGAGCUGCAGGAAGGUGCCCUAAGGAAAUUGGCCUGUCGCAAAGAGUUUGAAGAGUCAGGUAUGGCUACAUUUAGCGUUCGUCGUAUUAACAACCAACAAGGCACCCAAAAUAUUGUCGAAGUGAAAUGUCCCCUAACAUCUCUUGGAGAUGAGCUACACACAAAAAUUGCCCAGGCUUUAGAUAUAAUCGAUUCCAAUAGAGUCAAAUGCAUAGCAUCGGGAAAAAUUGUUGACUCCCAGAGAACUUUAGAUUCUCAAGGUCUUAAAAACAAUCAGCAGUUGAUGGUCAUUAUAAGCGAAGUUGACAAGACUGCAGUGCAAAAUCAAGAGGAAGCCAUGUACGAUCGCAUACGUAAAAUAAAAAUGGAUGUGGAGGCAAUUGUAGAUUCAAGCCGUCAAUUAUUUGAGAUGGAGGAUCAAGAUGGUAAUCCCGUAUUUCUGCCACCCGCCGAAAAUCGAGCUUUACUUAUGGGCAUGAGUUUCUAUGAAAAGGCUCGUGCAGCCAUGAAGCGUGAACAAUUCGAUGAGGCACUGAUUCUUUUAUUAGAAUCAGAUGAAAAAUUUGUUACCUGCAACUCGAAAUUUUUGGAAUCAGUCGACAAUUAUGCCUUGGUUAAUCUGGAUAUUGUUUGGUGUUAUUUGUGCCUAAAGAAUGUUACACAGCUACCUGACGCUCAGCGCCGCCUUGAUAUAUGUGAAAAAAGUUUUCGCCGUUCUUAUGGUGAUAAUCUACAACGUCUGAUAACGCUAAAGGGAGAAGGUUGUCCGGAAAAGGCUCUCAUUAUGCGGCUGCAUUUACUACAGGGUGUUGUACUCUUCCAUCAAAAUCGUCGCAAUGAGGCCUAUGACAAACUGAUAACGGCUGGUACAGAAUUGGAGGCUCUUAAGGUGGACGAUGGCUCCGUGAUUGCUUUAAUGGAAAUGGGCUAUGAACCCCAUGAGGCAAGAAUGGGUCUAAGAUCGUGCUCGGGCAAUCUGGAGCGUGCCAUUAAUUUCAUACACGAACGUAGAACAAAACUAAAAGAAGCUCGCCAAAAUUCCAAAAAGGAACGUAAACUUAAUAAGAACUUGACUUCGAGUAAUAAGGAGGAGAAAGACUGGGUCAAUCCACGUAGUGUUUGUACUCUAAUGGAAAUGGGAUUUGCUCGUGAUGUUGUGGUUGAAGCCUUAAAGCGCAGUAAAAAUGAUGUGCCUAAUGCGUUGGAUUUAUUACAAACCAAUGCCGAUGAAUUGAGCCGUAGUCUUCCGCCAGCCCAAAACGCCGACUCCGAUAUUCUAUCUCAGCUACAACAGCUAGGUUUUACUGAAGAUUUAGCUCGUGUGGCCCUGGAGACCACCCAGAAUAGCUUGGAUAAAGCCAUUGAUUUUUUGAUAAAAACCCACGGUAGUGAAACCGAACUAAUGGCUGCCAUGGAGCGAAUGACCAAUGCAGCGGUUGCUACCGUUGCCAGCGAUCAGUAUGAAGGACCAUCUACAUCCUCUGGUGUCAAUACAUUGGUGACAAAGGCUUUGGGUAAAGCUCAAAAGGAAAUGGAAUCUUUGAAAGCCUAUCAGCGUUUCACCGAAGAAAUGCCGGACAACGAAAAUGAUUAUCUGGAUUUGCCUUUGGUACAAGAGGAACAAAUACUCGCCGAAUAUAAACGUUUAUUAGAACAGUGAUACAGGAUAUGACAAGACAAGACUAAAGCAAUGUUUUAUUUUAAUGUUUACAUACCAGCAACGAUUGUUAUAUUUUUUACUUGAUGUUUUGAUUGUGUUUUAAUAUUUGAAAAAAAAAACAAAUGCAUUACGAAUUUCUUCAAGCCAAAUUGGUCAUUAUAACAUUUAAAAUGUUUUGAUAAAUAAACGUGUACACGCAACUCAUA